AUGUUGAGCCGAUUCAUGAGCGGCAGCAUCAGGAAUCUUGAGCGGGAAUACAGCUGCACCGUCAGACUGCUGGACGAUACGGAAUAUACGUGCACCAUUCAGCGGGAUGCUAAGGGACAGUAUCUGUUUGACCUCAUCUGCCACCACCUCAACUUGCUGGAGAAAGACUAUUUUGGCAUCAGAUAUGUGGAUCCAGACAAGCAGCGGCACUGGUUGGAGUUCACCAAAUCAAUCGCAAAGCAAAUGAAAUCUCAGCCUCCAUUCACCAUGUGUCUGAGAGUCAAGUUCUACCCUCCCGAGCCUGCUGCUCUCAAGGAGGAAAUCACUCGAUAUCUUGUCUUCCUGCAAAUUAAGCGAGACCUCUACCACGGUCGGCUCCUGUGUAAAACCUCCGACGCGGCCGUGCUGGCCGCCCACAUCCUUCAAGCUGAGAUUGGUGAUUACGACCCCGGGAAGCAUCCUGAAGGUUACAGCUCCAAAUUCCAGUUCUUCCCUAAACAUUCGGAAAAGCUGGAGCGCCGGAUUGCAGACAUACACAAGACAGAGCUGAUUGGACAGACACCUGAAACAUCAGAGCGAAAUUUCCUGCAGAAAGCCCAGAUGCUGGAAACAUAUGGUGUUGAUCCGCAUCCAUGCAAGGAUGUGUCUGGGAACCCAGCCUUCCUCGCCUUCACACCAUUUGGUUUUGUGGUGCUUCAGGGAAACAAGAGAGUUCAUUUUCUCAAAUGGAACGAGGUGACCAAACUGAAGUUCGAAGGCAAGACAUUCCACGUAUAUGCAAAUCAGAAGGAGGACGAAAAGAUCAUCCUGACAUACUUUGCGCCCACACCGGAGGCAUGCAAGCACCUCUGGAAGUGCGGAGUGGAGAACCAGGCUUUCUAUAAGCUUGAGAAGUCAAGUCAGGUUCGCACUGUGUCCAGCAGCAACCUGUUCUUCAAGGGCAGCCGUUUCCGUUACAGUGGACGAGUGGCAAAAGAGGUGAUGGAGCAGAGUGCCAAAAUCAAACGCGAACCUCCAGAAAUUCACAGGGCUGGCCUCGUGCCCAGCAGAAGUUGUCCGUCCAUCACCCACGGGCCUCGCCUCAGCAGUGUGCCGCGCACGCGUCGGAGAGCCGUGCACAUAUCCAUCAUGGAGGGUCUGGAGUCGUUACGUGACAGUGCCCACUCUACGCCGGUGCGUUCGGUGUCCCACGGGGAAUCCUUCAUACCACGCUCCCGGAGCCAGGCCACAGACGCCAGCGAGAGGGUGAUCUCGGACGAGGCCUACAGCCCCUCCGACAGCGUCCUGCCCACUCCGGUGGCCGAGCACAGCAUGGAGCUGGCUGCCUCGCGCCAGAUUAACGGGGCGCCCUGCAGCAUCGAGGAGGAAAAGGAGUCGGAGGCGGGGACCCCCACGCAUGGGGAAGGGGGUGAUUUUGGUGCGGACGGUAGAUCUGCACAGGAGGGUGCAGGGGGGGACUCGGCCCUCAGCGAGGUGGAACAGGUGAAUAAAUUUGUCUUAAGUGUCCUCCGUUUGCUCCUUGUGACCAUUGGACUCCUCUUUGUCUUGCUCCUCCUCCUCAUCAUCCUCACCGAGUCAGACCUUGAUAUUGCAUUUUUACGUGAUAUCCGCCAGACCCCCGAAUUUGAGCAGUUCCAUUACGAAUACUUUUGUCCCCUCAGGCGGUGGUUUGCCUGCAAGCUCCGCUGGGUGGGCGGGUUGCUCAUUAACAAAUGA